AUGAGAAGUAUCUGUAUCCCUCCCGAAGACAAUGCGACCCUCUGCCGGAGUUAUAUCCAGCUCACCAUGUCUUCCCACAUAGUCCCUAGGGAUCGUUUCCAAAAUGCACUACUAAUUCUCUUUCUAAAACCUCGAGACUUGUGUCACAACCCGUCGUUGUAUCAACUUAUCAAGGGCCUCAGGACUUCGUCGACUAGUGAGCUUCUCCCCCCUGCCCAGUUAACGACGAUCCUCUCCAACUCCAUCACCACCAACCCCCGGUACCGUGGUGAAUUGACCAGGGCAGUCUCCGUCGCGGUUACACUUGCUGGGCCAGCUCGGGCCCGUCACCAGGGGUUUGAAACAAAUAGAGCCUACCUACGGCUACGGACACAGCUAUGGGACCACCGCGGCAUAUUCGCAACGGGGCGGCACGGAAUUCGUAUUAAAUCGCACCAACGAACCCUUCACCGCGACUCAAAACAUCCCCAACCUGGCAACCCCCCUCAACCCCCGGCUCAACCUUGCCCGUCGUCCACUUCCAGGCUCUGCGCAACGGCAGUGUCUCUUCACCGCCGUGCUCAAUUCCCGACAACGGAAAGGAAAGCGUGGAUGUGUCAACGCAAGGUCUUCAUCCACCACCGUUGUGGCCACAAGAUCACCGAGCUCCUUGAGCAGUGCGAAACGUUCGAGUGUCCCGGCAUUAUGCAAAAACCCGUCAUCAGCAACCGCUAUACCUGCAUUGUGCGGACUUGUUUGUGGUACGGCCAGUUUUGA